UAAAAGUAGUGUAGCAUUGUUUAGUGCUUAUAAAGUGUAGUGAUUGUUUAAAGCAUUUUAUACAGAAUUGUAAAAAUGUCAGACACCGAACAGAAAGAGGCAAUAGCCGCGCGUGGUCGCGCCAAAGGGUCAAUUACACGUUUAAAAAACAGCUUUGACCGAGAAGCGCUCAUAAAUUCGCCGAUAGAGUUAGUGCUAGCAAAGAAAGCUAGGCUUCUAGAGGCCUUUCGUGAAUAUGAGCGCCUCACUAGCAAGGUUGCCUCGCUUUUUUCCUCCCCACCAGCUACUCUCGCCACCGACGAUGAGGAGGUUGAAGACAACUACAUUUUAUUGUUAGCUCAGCUAGAAAGUAUAAUAAAUGUCAUCCGCCUGAGAGACAACCCUCCUCAAGCGAGCCCUAGCGUAAGUGUCAAGUCGGAGAACCUCAAGCUGCCUCGAGUCGUCAUAAAAACAUUCACAGGUAAAUACACAGAAUAUUACGAAUUUUCAAACAUGUUCACAGCCAUGAUCGACAAGUGUACUUCCUUUUCAGCGGUGCAGAAGCUGUAUUAUCUUAAAGGUUUUUUAAGUGAUGAACCACUCGAUUUAAUAAAAAAUCUGCCAUUAGAAGACAACAGCUACCCAGAAGCACUGCGCUUACUGAAGGAACGAUACGAUAAUAAAGUUCGAAUUACGCAAGAACAUGUUAAUGCACUACUAGAUAUGCCUACAAUCACGCGAUCUAAUGUCACUAAUUUACGAAAUUUCAUUUCAGUUGUCAAACAGCACCUUGCUGCUCUGCAAAACCUGGGUGAGCCGGUAGAUAAGUGGGAUGCCAUAAUCAUUUGCAUCCUAUCUAAGAAGAUUGACCUGCCUACCUACAGAGCAUUUCAACUGGAGCGAGAUAAGAAUGUGUCGCCCACGGUAAAGGAAUUCCUAGGAUAUGUUGAAAAACGUGCCCUAGCAUUUGAAAACACUGACGUGAAGGGGCCUUCGCAGAGCUUUGUCAGCCGUCCUGAGGCUGCACAAGCAAAGCUGUCAGCGCAUCAGCCUCAACGGCAAUGUUUAUACUAUUCUUCUGACGCAGACGAAGAAUAAUGGAGACCAAGCAACCAAACAGCCUAUCGUGACUGCGGGCACUCCAAGUACUUCCGCACCGAGCCUUACAACCUCGAGUGCUGCAGCUUCGAGUACUUCAAUAGCAUGCGCCGCUACGCCACAAGGUCCGACACUAGUGCAGACAUCAUUUGGCGUGAUCAUCGGUGGUCGACUGCAGCUGCCUGCAAGAAAAAAGUCCAAGCAGACUGAAUGCCGUUGCCACAACUCAGCUGAUGUGCUUCAUGUCUACACCACGGUUCACUGCGUCGUGCGAGUUCGGUAUUCGUAGUUUAAUUGUAAUGCGUAGUGACAAUUCACCUCCUCUCGAGUGGCUCAUGGCGAGGGUAAAUAACUUGUUCCCGGGGAAGAACUGCAUAGUACGCGCAGUUGAGCGACCCUUGGAAAAGCGGUCAUAUUCACAAAGGUCUAUUACAAAAAUAUGUGUACUCCCAAUAACUUAACAAUAAUUACAUAAAAUAUGUUAGUUUAAUGUGUCUAAAAUGCCUAUUGUAAAGGUAGCGGCAACAUACUUGCCAUCAUAAAGGAAUUACGGUUCAAAAUAUAAUGACUACAAAGGAAUGUCAAAUGGUUAAUUCUUAAAUUCUGUAAACAAAGAGCUUUUGUUUAUAUAUGUUAACAUUUGUGUUGAUUACCAGAUCAUCAGUUGUUUUCUUUAAAAUGUAAGUUAUAUUAAUUUAACUGUAAUUGUUAAAUGUUGCUCAUAUUAACAUAGGUACCUACUUAUUUAAUUUCAUAUGAUUCUCGUGGGGGAAUAAUGUUAGCAACAUUGAAAUAAGAACUAUAAGUUCUAAAUUUAAAAUAUUAAAAAUAAUGUUAUUUAGUUGCCAUAGCGGCACUUCUUUAAUUUUCUUUCCUGUGACAAUGCAUAUUUUGUGUGGUUUCUGAAAUAAACUAUUUUUUCCUAAAAGAUUCUUUAAUAAUAUACAGUCCACUCAUGCU